AUGGAAUAUAAAUUGGAAAGGCGUGAAGAGCAUAAAAUAGAAUUUAUGUUCUUUUUAAUAGGAUUAUUAUUAACCUUACCAACACAUGUUGUAGUUAAUAUAUCAUUUUUAAUUAAUAGUAUUUACAAUGAAGAAAUAUUUGUUACAAUUAUGGGAAUAUUAUCAGGAUGUAUGAUUGGAGCAUCAGCAUUUCAAUUGGUAAUACAAAUAACAUCAUUUACAUCAAUAAUAGUUAGUAAUAUUAUAAAUAUAAUUAAUAUGGGAUUGUUGCUAACACUUUUAUGUGUUUGUAAAGCAUCAAAAUAUUAUAUAUAUGGUAUGUGUGCUAUAAUGGGUUUAUUUAUUGGAUAUUUAUAUUCGGCAUGUACAAAAUAUUCUUUAUUAGUUGGUUUAAAAGCAAAUGGGUUUUUAGUUACAGGAAUUAGUUUUAGCGCAUUAUUUGUUUUUACUAUUAAUACAAUAAUAUCUUCUUUUAUAAUUGAAGAUGGUAAUAUUGCGUCAUAUUAUAAAACAAUAUUUCAAUCUUUUGUUACAAUUUUAAUAAUUGAAUUUUGUGCAUUGAUGAUUAUAUUAUAUAUACAAUAUAAUUCUACAUUUUUCCAAGAACAAAAAAAAAAAAUUGAAUUUCCAGCAUAUAAAUAUCAAAAUAAAUUACUAAAUGAUGUAGAAAAUGGAAAAAGAAAUAUGAACAGCAAUAAUAAUUAUGGACAUAGUGGAAGUACAGGUUUUUUUAAAUCUUUUAAAAGUUUAUUUAAUUUUUCAAAUAUAAUUGAUGGUGCAAGAUUAAUUAAACAUUAUUAUAUUUGUUUAAUACCUAUAAGUAUGGCUAUUUUAGUUACUUAUAUUGUUCAUCCACAUAUGCUUCCGAACAGAUUAGAUAAAACAGUUAGCAUAAAUUAUAUGCUUUUGUUAACUUAUCAAGCUAGUGACUUUAUAUUUAUUCUUAUAGUGACAGUAUAUAAUCAUGCUUUCCGAUUUUUUAAACAGAUAUUUGUUUUAAUAUUAAGUAUAGCCAGAAUAUUAUUAAUAGUUUUGUCUAUUAAAAUAAAGAAUUCAAAAGAAGGUGAUUUUAUAUACAAAACAUGGUUUAUAACUUUAGUAACUAUUGUGUUAGGAAUGACAAAUGGAUCUGUAAUUAAUAUGAGCUAUGAAAGAAUACAUGAUUGCUUUAGAAAUUCGAAUAAUAAAGAAAAAAAGGUAGCAUUGGCUUCCUCUUUUUGUGCUUUAUCUCUUUUGACAAGUUAUGCAUUAGCUCCUUGGAUUUGCCAUCUAGUUAUAGAUUUAUGA